AUGUUUCUGGAUAAACAUGCUCGUCUCCUGGCUGGAGUCCUCGGCCUCAUGGCUCUGGCUCCCCAGACCUCUGCUGCCCCUUGGGGUCAUUGGCACGACCGUCACCACGGCCCUGGAGACCGUGGCGAUAGCACCCCCAGCGUCACUCCUACUCCCAGCUCUCAGCCCACCGGGGUCUUCAGCAUUCAGCCCGUCCAGCCGACCGACGUCUCCAGCGUGAUUCCCACUCUGGGCGCCAGCUCGACUCCUGCGGCCACUCCCUCAGCCUCCUUUGCCACGAUUAGCUCGAGCUCUGCAAAGGGCGAGGUCAUGAUCCCUUACUACCUGUACCCCGAGGCCGGCAAAUGGGAGCCUCUUGAGAAUCUGUCGGUUCUACCAAUACUAUCCUCUCCAUGUUACCUGGAUGCUAACCGUGACAGGGUCACCUCCAACCCGGACGUGAAGUUCACCGUCAUCGUCAACCCUGACAACGGCCCGGGCGGCUCUACGACUCUUCAGGAUCAGAACUUCCUCACCAACAUUCCCAAGCUGGCUGCACAUAGCAAUGUACGCCUGAUCGGAUACGUGGCAACCGGGUGGGGCGACCGUGACAUCUCGGAGGUUCAGGCCGACAUCAAGCAGUACGCCGAAUGGCCUUCUUCCAGCGGUGACUCGUCCUUCGCCGUGAAGGGUAUCUUCCUGGACGAGGGAGCCACCGCGUACAGCGAGGCUACCGUCUCCUUCUACGAGCAGGCGGCCUCUCUGAUCAAGGAGAGCUCGGGUCUCGGUCCUGAUAACUAUGUUGUCGCGAACCCCGGUACGCCCCCUGAUGCUGCCUACCUCAAGAUGGUCGAUUCGUCCGUCAUCUUCGAGUCUCCGUACGCCGAAUUCGAGAACGCCCUUUCCUCAAGCACCUUUUCCAGCCUGCAGGACACUACCGGCAUUGAUCGCGCCUCGAUGGUUUACAAUGUUCCUGAGAGUGUUGAUUUGUCUUCGGUCUUGGAGAAGGUGAAGGGCAUCUCCAACCAAGUCUACAUCUCCAACGUUAACAACUACGCCACCUACGAUCCCGCUUGGGAAACGGUUGCCCAGCUGCUUACCUCCAACUAG